GGCACAAACAAGCCAAUUUUUUGUUAAGUAAUUUUUGGAAAUCGCGUGAUUUUUUGUUGUUUUUUCAUCAGAAAUUCACAAGAAGAUGGAUCAGAGCAAAGGUGAAGGAUUUUACAAUUCAGACAAUGCAGAAGGAAUUCUAACCUUGAAGAUUGAAAAAUUUUCCGAUGUAUUCAAAGAAGGCGAAACCUUUACAUCUGAAAAACUAAAUUUUAUGGGCUUAAAAUGGUUUAUUAAGGUUAAAUGCUGUACAAAUGAUGAUAAAAGUUUAUCCCUGUCAUAUUACUUGUAUUGCGAAGCAAAAUGCAAAGGCUGGACAUGCUCUGUAUCAGCUGAAAUGAAAAUUUUGACACAAAACUCGAAAUUCAGAAGCAUGAUAAGCAAUUUUAAUCACAUAUUCAAUUAUGACAACGAUAAUAGGGGUUAUCAGAAAUUCAUUUCCUACAAUGAAAUUCUUAAAAGAAAAUAUUUGAGGAAUAAUUGUUUGUUUUUGGAAACAAAAGUCAAAGUGCAAAAACCUCUUGGGAUUGUUUCAAUUGAAACGCCAUAUUUGAAGAAUUCGGAAUAUCAAGAAAAAUUCGUGAGAUUGUUUGAAGAUGAAAAUUCCGCCGACAUUGAAUUCAAAUUCAAAGUUCGUGGGAAGAAAACGAAAAUAUUGAAAGCUCACAAGUUGAUUCUUAUUCUUACAUCUGAUUGGUUUGAAGAUCAUUUCAAAAAUAAUCAAGAAUCUUCGAUUGAAAUCAAGGAUUACACUUUUGACUGUUUCAAAGAUUUUCUUAGCUUUUUGUACCACAGUGAGGUAAAUUUGGAGGCAAAAUCUGCUGAUCACAUCAUUGAUUUGUACGACGCGUUCGUAUUUUACAAAAUUCAUAAAGGCACAAAGUACAUUCAGUAUUAUUUCCAAACGAAUUCCCGCUUAGAAGAAGUUUUGCGACUUUCUGUUUGGCUUACUGAGACAUCAAUGGAACAAAACGAUGCGAUUUUGAAGAAGACCUCAGAAGCAUUUAUCAUCAAACAUGCAAAAACUGUUCUUGAAGAGAUGGACUUAUCAAAAACUUCGAUUUCGACAGCUUGUCAAAUUGUGAAAAUUGCAUUCUCGCAAAUGUAUGACGACCAUGAGAUGUGUUUUGAUGCCCUCAAACGAUAUUAUGAGAAUCGGAAUGUUUCGAAAAAUAUCUUUAACGUUGAAAUGUUGCCAGCUAUUGAGAUCAUUAGAUGGAAAUGGAUUGAUUUCGCUGUAAUUUUAAAAGCUGAUUUAUUCACGGACUCAACAAAAGUACUUAUUCUUCGUUGUAUUGAAAAUAAUAAUUAUGUUACAGUUCGAAUCAUAACUUCAGUGAUACAAAAAAUUGAUGACAAGAGCAAUGAAAACAAAAGUUCGAAGCAAAAUAAUGAACAAAUGAGCAAAUUGCAUGGGCAUUUGAAGUCUCAGGAUGUUUCGUUUAAAUUUGGCGAACAAAUUGUCAAAGCACACAAAGCCAUUCUUGCAAUGAAUUCGGAAGUUUUUGAUGCAAUGUUUUAUGGCGAACUAAAAGAAACGGGAAUCAUUGAAAUCACUGACAUCAAGAUUGAGAUUUUUGAACUCAUGUUGAAAUUGUUGUACUUGCAAUCCAUCGAUCUCUUUAACGAAACAUCUGACACUUUAUACGAUUUGUAUGCCGCUCUUCACAAAUAUCAGUGCACAAAUGCUCUCGAUUUUCUCAAAACGUUCAUCAUAAAUCGCAAAGAAGACAUUUUCCUCUUUUACGAAAUGGCUCAAAAUUUCCUUGACAGAGACUUGGAAUUUAAAUGUUACACGCUUCUUCAAUCUCCGGCAUCAAAUGUCAAUAGCACGUAUUUUUUGAGCGCCAAACCAGAAACAAUAAAUGCGAUUUUUACACGUGAUGAUCUCAAAGAUUUUCCCGAUACUGCUCGUCUUCAUGCCAUUGAAUGUUACAUUGAAGCCAAUAUUCACGAGAAUCCCGAAAUUCGUCAAAAUAUCAUGGAAUCUACUUUGAAGAUAAAUUUUGACGAAAUACAAAGUUACAAAAUGCUGACUUCCAACUCGUUGAACGACUCGCAAAAACUUGAGAUUUAUUCGAAAAAGAAAAAUAAAGUUAAGGAAUAGAGAACUUGAAGAAAAAUAUUUAAAAAUAAAUUUUCAAGAAAAGCCGCUCCAAUUUUUUUAAAACUUAUUUCAAAAAUCGAAAAUAC